UUUUUGUGUUGGUGAGUGUUUGUUUACAUCUGGUUGGACUCUCGCGCUCCCGCCUGUGUUGUUGGCCAAAUUUUUUCCUAAAAACUAUCAUUAUGGGAAUAUUGGGGCUCGCCAAGCUUAUUGCAGAUGUUGCACCGUCGGCUGUGAAGGAAAAUGAGAUGAAAAACUUCUUCGGUCGUAAGGUGGCAGUGGACGCAUCAAUGAGUUUGUAUCAGUUCCUGGUUGCUGUUCGGCAGGAAGGCAACCAGCUCAUGACGGCGGAUGGUGAAACCACCAGUCACUUGAUGGGGUUCUUCUAUCGUACCAUUCGGAUGGUAGAUAAUGGCAUUAAGCCGGUGUAUGUAUUUGACGGUAAGCCUCCAACUAUGAAGGGUGGAGAAUUGGCGAAGCGACAGGAACGCAGAGAAGAGGCACAGAAGGCUUUAGAGAAAGCUGAGGAGGCAGGUAAUGUAGAGGAGAUAGACAAGUACAACCGUCGGCUGGUAAAAGUCACCAAGACGCACUCGGAAGAGGCAAAGACAUUACUGAAGCUGAUGGGUGUUCCAUACGUAGAUGCUCCCUGUGAAGCCGAGGCCCAAUGUGCAGCUCUAGCGAAAGCUGGCAAAGUGUAUGGAGUAGCAACGGAGGAUAUGGAUGCCCUGACAUUCGGAACGCCCAUUUUACUACGACACAUGACCUUCAGUGAGGCUAGAAAAAUGCCCAUUAAAGAGUUUCAUUUAUCGAAGAUCUUGGAAGAAAUUAAAAUUUCUCAGGAGGAGUUUAUCGAUAUGUGUAUUCUGCUGGGCUGUGACUAUUGUGAUAGUAUCAGGGGUAUUGGACCUAAGCGAGCCAUAGAACUGAUCCGUAAUCACAAGACUAUUGAUGAAAUACUAAAGCAUAUAGAUACGAAGAAGUACAGCCCACCAGAAGAUUGGCGCUUUGCCGAAGCCAGAAAACUUUUCAUUGAACCGGAAGUUGCCGAUCCUGAGGAUAUUGACCUCAAGUGGAAUGAACCAGACGAAGAGGGCUUGGUUAAGUAUAUGUGCGAGGAGAAGGGCUUUAACGAAGAACGCAUUCGUAGUGGGGUGAAGAAACUUUUAAAGGCCCGAAGUGGCAGCACUCAGGGCCGCUUGGAUUCUUUCUUUAAGGUGUUGCCGCAGCCGCCGAAUGCCAGUAAUAAACGCAAGUCAAAUGAGAAACCAGGAUCUGCAAAGAAGUCGAAAUCACGUGGUGGCAGUUUCAAGAGGGGCCGAUAAGCUCUUGGACGUUACCUUGCUGAAGAGAGAAGAGCAGUUAUGUGUCGAUGAAAGAGGUUAUAAAGUAUAAUACUGGUUUGGUGGUACUUUUAAGUUAAGUACAACUCUGCAAUUGAAAUUUUCAUUAACUGUUAAUCAUUAACCGUUCGAUUAUAGCACUUACACAAGUUGACAUUAAUAGGCCUAUCUUGUUGGUAGGCUUGAUAUACAGCUUGUGGGCCCUUCUUCAUUAACAGCGAACAUUAGUAAAUAAACAUAAAUAUUG